AUGAAUUGCAAUCGGCCAGAGGUAUCGGUAUGCGUGGAGAACGUGGCUACGCCACCGACUCCUGGACCUACUCAAGCAUUGACAACUACAUCGUUUGAAACGCCUCCGACUGCAACUCAACCGAUUACAAACACACCAGCUGACACUGCACCAACUGCCAUUUCACCGUCACCCACCGAUCCCAGUCCCACUCCGCCUCCAGUCCCAGUGCCCAGUCCAACACCAGUGCCCGGUAAUCCACCAGACUGUCCUCCGAACGAGGUGUUCUACUAUCCCCAUCCCAACUGCUCCUUCUUCUACCGCUGUGUCUGGGGCAUGCUGCACACCCUCCAGUGUCCACCGAAUCAGUUCUGGAACCAAGAACGUGAGUACUGUGACCAUCCAUUUAACGUUAACUGCCCGGCUGAUCGCAGCAAUAUGGCCGGGACCGUGAAACAAUCGUUGCCAUUAACACCAUUGCUUCUGCUGACGUGCGUGCUAAUUGUGACCGUAGAGUGCUGCCCAGAGGAGAGAAGAUGCUACCCGGACGACAUUGUACAGGUCACCUGCCAAAGCAACUCCAUCCCCGAGUGGACGAAUGAGCCCAGCACCGUUGACUGUAGUAUGUUCGUAACGUGCAUAAACGGGGUAGGUAUACAGAUGUGUUGCCCGGUGGGAGACUACUUCAAUCCUGUCACCCUUGUGUGCGAUGAUGCGGCCAACGUGGAGUGUGAUAUCGAACCCCCACCGUGUACGGAUCCGACGACAACGGAAGCUGGUGAUACUACUACCACUGCGAGUCCAAUGCCUGAAGUUACUACAACCCCGGAACUAGGAACAACUACUACUGCUGUAGAAACAACUACAACUCCAUUGCCGGAAGUUACCACAACACAGGAAGAAACGACAACGACAGUUGUGACAACGCCGGAACCUACAACGCUCGAUCCAGAGCCCACAACUGCAUCACCGGAAGAAACUACCACGCUGGAUCCAGGCGGGACAACUCCGUUGCCGGAAGAUACCACCACCACACUAGACCCUGAAGUGACAACCGAGUUACCAGAAACUACCACAAAUAACGAUGAUACUACCACAGUAACUGGCGAAACGACGACCGUAGAAAGCGUAGACCUAGACGCGCUUUGCGCUACGCAGUCUACCGAUGGUCUCCUGGAGGUGGCCUUUCCCGGACAGUGCCACCAGUACGUGAUAUGUGCUGAUCGGGAGCUGGUUGGCACCGAGACAUGCCCAGCAGGGCUGCAUUUCAAUCCCAUACUGCUAGUCUGUGACUCUCCCGAUACUGCCGAGUGCACCGAGCACAUCUGCCGGGACAAUCCUGAAGGCAGCCAAGUACCCGUGGAGAGCGUAAACAGUUGUGAAAUAUACUAUAUCUGCGUUGGCAGCAUCACAAUAGUACGACGGUGCGCUCCCGGUACGAUCUACGAUCCCGACAAUGAUUGGUGUAUCGACGAGGAUCUGGAGAACCCAUGCGUGCGCGCCCGUCCACCUCCGCCACCGGAUUCCGUUAUAGAACAAUGCACGGAGAAUGACGUACUCUCGAAAAUUAGGCACCCCGUGCAGUGUGACGUCUACUACCGAUGCCUUAACGGCGAACUGUUGGGACGACAGUGUCCUGCGGGACUCCUGUUUGACACCGACCGAGACCAGUGCAAUCUAGAGAGUGCGGUUGAAUGUGACGAGCAGACCGAACUGACGCAAUCGAUCCGUAAAGCGGUUGCGGUUGUUUGCCUUAUGGCGAUGGUAACUGGCAUCGCUCAUGCACAGGGCUGUACCAGCUAUACCUACACCACGUUCCUACCCGAUGGAAAGAAGUGCAAUUUCUAUGUCGCCUGCGUGAACCAACGUGCUACUCCUUUGGUUUGCCCUUCCGGCUAUCACUUUAACGUUCGAAAACAACUGUGUGACUUCCCUAGCGAAGCAGGGUGUAUCCAGUGUCCCGCGGUUGGGUUUGCUAAUAUGGCCGUCGAUGGAAGCUGCAAAAAGUUUGUCCAGUGCUUUAUGGGGACAGCCAUCGAUCGCGAGUGCCCACCCGGUCUGAUGUACGAUCCUACCUAUGGACAAUGUAACUUGGAUACAAGGGUAGCCUGUAAGUGA